GCCAUUCCCUAUUCCAUUACAUUAGUAUUUUCUUCAAAGAAGAGGUUGUAGAGACGCUCUAGGCUAUUCCUCAGAAUUUUCAUCGAAAGGACAACUGGUUUCAGAUACUCAGGUAAAAAUGGCUUCUUUUCACGAUGCAAGACAGCUUCGGGGAUUUGCCCAGAACCAUCACGCCGGAGAGUAGCGCUAGUUCGAGCACGGGUGGCGGUUCAAGUGACCGCCGUUCUUCGACUUCUUCCAGCGAUUUGUCUGCGGAAGAGACACCCAGUGAAGAGAGGGGUGUUGAAAAGGGUGGUUAUGGUGCGCCGGCGAUAAGGACGGAGGCGGAGGCGGUUGUGUUUGAAGGGUGGGAGAGCAAGGUUAUCAACGGGAGAUUGGAUAACCUUCGCAAGGCGCCCAAAACCCUACCUGCUGGCUUUAGGUUCAGGGCGGCACUGCAUCACGAAGUUGCAGACGGCGCGGCCCUAGUGAAGGGGUUUAAAAAAUUGGAGGAGAUGCGGUUGGGGGUGCCUACGAAGGCGGUGGUCUUCAGGUCGCUCUUCCUGUGCUGUCUGUGCCCCUCCACCAGUGGGACAAGGUGGUACUACAUCUCGAGGAGAGAAAAGAUGAUGAUAUUCACCAACAUCAGAAAUAAGGUGGCGGGGUGGAAGAGACAAUUUAUCUUUGUUCGCGAUACGCGAAUCGAAAGAAUCAAUAACGAGCUCGCCGCCCGUCUAUCAGAGUGGCGUACACUAAAUGCCUCCAUGAACUACCCUCAGCUGACUGUUGGUGAUGUCAACCUGAAGAAUCAGCUGCUAGAUCAUGUCAAGGCAAGGGGUUUAGUGGAUUUGAAAGCCUUGGUUACCCCGGAGCAGCUCGCGUUACUUGGGUUUGUCGACAUGACAAACCUACAUGCUAAAGGUAUAUUUCUAUAUCAUACCAGAAUUUCUAGCCGAUCUGAGUCUUAUGCCUUUGUUUGUGCAAGAGAAAUGAGCAGCAUUCUGGAGAGGCAACGUCAACGAGCACAAGGCUCGAGGAAUCGUGGAGCUGGGUUCGGUUCCCAACGUCAAACUCGCUUUGACGAGCGGCCACCUGCUGCACCGGGGCGCAGUUCGUCCCACAGAAGUUUGAGCUCGACACCAAGACAACGUACUGAGCAAAGAGUUGAAAUUGCACCCUCACAUUCAAGAAGGCGCGCGCGGGAGGACUCUAACGCUGAAGAUGACAUUCCCCUCAUCCGACGAAGGACAAGCAUGGGAUCUCAGCUCGCUUUAGCCACUAUUGCGCGGCCUGCCAUGUGCCCCCGGCACAAGCACGCCGUAAUGGUGAAGGGUAUGCAAAGCUUUGUGCCCCCUGCAGAUCGGCAACGUGCUAAGGGGCACGUCCAGCAGCAUGGAGGUCAUGCUGCUUUACUAAAGCUGAUGGAUGCGUUCAGCUACCCCGUAGCACUCUUUGAGUGCGAGCAAGGAGCGCGGGAGAUGGCUAACCGAGCGACGUCAGCUGAAAGCCGAGCUGACGAGUUGGCCCGCAAGGUCAACAAGCUGAGAGAGGAGCUUGAAAAAGCUUGGGUAAAGAAGGAGAACGGCAUUCAAGCUGCUAAGGAGGAGGCUGACCGUGCAGAAGACCGGGCCAAGAAGGUAGAGUCUGACAGGGAGAAGGCUCUUCACGAGCUGAACUCCCUGAAAGAGAGGGUUGUGGAAGCCGACCUGCACGUCGCCCGCGUUGAGGUGUCCUUGGAGCAGAGUAAGAGGUACCACCAGCGUGAUAUUUGCUUUGCUCGAGCACAAGGGGCUGAGUGGCUGGUUGGAGCAGACAUGUUCCAGGAUGCCGUCGCAGUCGCCUCAGCCAACACCACCACAGACAUCUUCAACGAGAUUCGUGGGAAGGUGCUACGACACGGGGCUGACUUCUCGAUCUACGAGCUGGCCUUCUUUGGAGGUGAGGAGAUUGAUGAAGAAGGGAAGAGCCUUGCCCCUCUACCUGACACCUGGGUGGCAGAGCCCCGGGAGGUACCUGUUGAGCCCUCCAGCACUCCCCCAUCCUCUCAGCCCGCCCCAGCUGCUGCUCCUGCUCUCUCUCCUCCAGAUCGGUCAUCUCAUACUCGAUCUAUUGCUGCACACACUAACGCAUCCAUCCCCGUCGACCUGACGGAUGAUUAGCUUAGGAUUUUCUUUGUUUCUUUUGUAUUUCUUUUAUGUUUUUGUGUUGGUCAGUGAACCAAUUCAUCAUGUACUUCAAAUGUAAAGAACAUUGAUGGAAAUACAAAUUUGAAAAUUUUCCUUUGAAAUUUCUGUAUUAAUUGUUGUGUACAUUCUUUGCAUUGUCAUCUACAGUUGACUGAUAAUAACUUGAAUAAGAUAAU